AAUCGGUGAGACAGCCUCUCUGAAGGUUCUAGCCCUUACUGUCUCCUUUUGCUAGCUGCUGGCAAAAUAAAUUUGCUUGUGUGACUCUAAGCGGCCUCCAUAGUCUUAUCCGGCGGCAUGAAACUGGUUCAGUGCAACUGAGGAAGGGGCCCCCAGUAACUUUAGAUGAAGGUUUACAGAACAAACUAGCUUCUCAUUAAACAGUUAGUACAGAUAUUGUUUUGUGACAUCGGUUGCCAACCCCACGACAUGUCAACACUCUCCCUUCUUGACCUUUGGCUCCCCAUUCCCAGCUUUCCUGUCCCCUCCUGCCUUCUAGUACUUGUCCCUGGGCUGGUGUGCCCCUUCAGUCUCAUUUUGUUUUAUGGGCCUGUCUAAUUUUAAUCUUUGGCUGAAGGGUGAACCUCAGUAGUGACUUCAGUACUGAGCUAAAAGGAUGUUCGGGGGCCACGCUAUCGGGGGUUUUUCCAGUCUGGGUCAGGCCAGCCAGUCUGUCAACAAUAAUAUUUUCAGCAAGACAAAAACAGUCCUGGAGCACUCCCUUUACGAUGCCCAGUGCCAACUCCGGCAACUGUUCUACUGCAACCUGUUUGCCAACUGGGCAGCUUUGCCUCACUCAUUAUCUAUAACUUCCCAUGCCCCCCAAAAAGAACGAUAAAAGCAAACCAGGCCUCGAACUGCUAACACGAGUCUGCUCUCACACCAAAACACCGUGGGCCAAGCUGCUCGCGCCUGUCAAUCACCGGAGCCCGCGUGGUGAUUGGUGGAGGGCGGUCGGGGGUGGGGCGAGCCCGGCAGUCCCGACCAUCUGCGCGUCGGGAACCGGCUCUGCGGCGGCUGCGGCGCAGGCUGGGCCGCGAACCCGGAAGGAGCGUCCGAUGGUUGUGCUUCCACGCUUGGGUGGCUUAGCUGCGCGCGCUGCCCUCGGGUCCCGGGCGCGCAGGCGAGUUUUAGAAAGAGCAUUUUCACUACAUAAAGCACAUUCGAUAAAGGAUAUGGAAAAUACUUUCCAGUUGGUGAGAAAUAUUAUACCUCCUCUAAGUGCCAAAAAAUACAAAGGACAAGAUGGAAGAAUAGGCGUAGUGGGAGGCUGUCAAGAGUACACCGGAGCCCCGUAUUUUGCAGCAAUCUCAGCUCUCAAAGUGGGUGCAGAUUUGUCCCAUGUGUUCUGUACCAAGGAUGCGGCACCUGUGAUCAAGUCAUACAGCCCGGAGCUGAUUGUGCACCCCGUUCUUGACAGCCCGCACGCUGUCCGUGACGUGGAAACAUGGUUAACCCGGCUGCACACCCUCGUCGUGGGACCUGGCUUAGGGAGAGACGACGUCCUUCUAGAGAAUGUCAAGGGCAUUUUAGAAAAAUCAAAGGCCAGAGGUAUCCCUGUUGUCAUCGACGCAGAUGGAUUGUGGCUGAUCGCUCAACAGCCGUCCCUCAUUCAAGGUUACCGGAAGGCGGUUCUUACUCCCAACUACAUGGAGUUCACCAGGCUCUACGAAGCUGUGCUUAGGGACCCCUUGGACAGCAGCAGUCACGACGGAGCUGUCCUGAGGCUCAGCCAGGCCCUCGGGAAUCUGACCAUCGUUCAGAAAGGAGAGAGAGAUGUGAUUUCAGACGGUGACCGGGUGCUCGUGUGCGGUCUAGAGGGCAGCAGCCGCAGGUGUGGUGGGCAAGGAGACCUGCUGUCAGGCUCCCUGGGCGUCCUGGUUCACUGGGCGCUGCUUGCUGGAUCUGAGAAAACAGACGGUUUAAACCCUCUCCUCGUGGCUGCAUUUGGUGCCUGCGCGCUCACAAGGCAGACCAACAGCCAGGCCUUCCAGAAGUACGGACGCUCCAUGACCACCACGGACAUGGUUGCAGAGGUCGGCACUGCGUUCAGGAAACUCUUUGAAACCUGAGCAACUGCAAGCAGGAAGAACAACGGGUGCCACUGGUAGAGGAAAACUGCGUUUACAUUGGGGAAAAAACGGAUUUUCAUGUAUGUGAUGGAUCCUUUGAACGCUGUAACAGCACAGAUCUCUUGGUAGAUAUUGCAAGUCUAGGGCAAAUUGGCUAAUGCGGAAACUUUCUACCGCAUCUAACAAUUUUGGGCUAAAACAGUAUGUAGCUGGAGAUGUUAUAAUGAAAACUAGACAAAGUAUUCCUGAACUUUUCUUAGUUUCUCACCAAGAACUGAGAAAAAAAUUAAAGAGAAAUCACAUAAGGAUGAAAAAUUCUUUCACCAGCUCAGCUGGGUUUCUUGGCUUGAUUUCUCCAAGAUAAGCAGAUUUCUGUUUUUGGUCUUUCUGUACUUUCUCAUUUUUGUUCUACAAAUUUAAUUUUUCUUUUAUUUAUGCAAGUAGUUCCUUUUAUUCAAUAUUCCUGUAGAAAGGACCCAAUCAGCUGCUUUCAAGUAUCUACGUGAGUAAUGGCCGGUUUUUUUUUUUUAACUGUCGUCCACCAAGGGAUUUGGCUUUCAUUCUUCAGCUCAUUUUUGUUUCAAAAAAAGGUGAUUGGGUUGAAAAAUCUCUGUGCUGAAAUACUAAGCAUUGGCUCUUUGGGUUGACUCAUUUUAAGUCUUUCAGAAUAAAGUGAUAACUGACUUUAGAAAUCAUUUAAGAUGCAACAUGGGAAGAUGAGACAGGAACUUAACAUGACAGCACUGACGCUUGAGAUGGAUGGUCAAACAUGGAGCUUGCUCGGUCUGGCGUGAUGCUAGUGCUAAGGGCGCCCGGGAGGCAGUGCUAACUGACAUCAUUCUGUCUGCUGACGAACAGGACAGCUGUGUCCAUCUGGUUUGAAAACGUGCACGUCCUCGGGAAUAUUUCCAAUCCAUUAAAGAAGCUAAUUAUCUCUUAGAUUUUAGUAAACGAGAUGUUUCACUGUUAGUAACCUCCAGUUGGCUCAGACACUUGGCUUUUUAUAUAUAAUAUAAUGAACAUAUAUAUGAGACACUUCUAUCUAAUACAACGUUAUCAAGAUGUUGAAAUUUUCUUUACCCUUUUUUUUAAAAAUUGUGCUUUAAGUAAAAGUUUACAGAACAUGUUAGUUUCUCGUUCAACAACUCCUACACAGAUUAUUUGGUGACACUGGUUGCAAUCCCCGCAAUGUGUCAAAACCCUCCCCUUCCCCACCCCGGGUUCCCCAUUUCCAUCCAUUUCUCUGUCCCUUCCUGCCUCCUCGUCUUGGCUUUCAGGCAGCUCUUGCCCGUCUGGUCUCCUUUACGUGACUGAACUAAGCGCGUUCCUCACACGUGCUUUUGUUCUGUAAACCUGCCAGACACGUGUCUCAUUCGCACGGUUUCCUUAGAGUGACGUCGGCUUUUAAAGUGGCUGACAACGGCUUACUUUCUGGUGCUGUUUCUCAGUGGGAUUUGGUGCAUAUCACAUGCGGUUGAGCCAACUUUCCGUAAUGCUUUUUCUACAACAAAUGCAGAAUCCGUGUGCUUCCCUUAUGGCCCGAUGAUUGAUCUUGGGGUCGAUACUCUGUGAUUCAAACCACCUCGCCCCCAACUGAUUUUGCUUUCCUUAAAACUAUUAAAUCAGCUGUUAACCAUUGUUAAAAAAUGUUUGCUACUGUUAUUAUUUCACAUCUUACUUUAAAGGCUUUACUAUCUACACGUGAGCUUCUCUGCCCAAACUGGCAAUGAACAUCUUUUUCCUCUGAGUCAUUACAUCUGCACACUGGUAACUACUAAAAGAAAAAGAAGAGCCUAUUUAUUUAAAUGUGGAGUUUUUUUUUUUUUUCCUAAAAUAAAAAUCCAGAAACUAUCUUUCAACUCUUCUAAGUGACAGCGUUGUCUGAUACUCGGGAGAUAAACAUAGAGAAGCCUGUGUGUAUAAAAUGUAUGUUUUCCACCAAUGUAUACUAACACUGUUCCAGUUAAGGAAUUUAAAGGAGAAGCCUGAAACACAAGCAUUUCUUUCCAUAGAAAAUAAAAUACAUCAAAGCCACAGGAAA